AUGCACUUGCGGAAGGUCCUAGCUCGAUUGUUGAAGCAUGAACUAUAUGCGAAGCUAUCUAAGUGCUCCUUUGCUCAAAAGCAAAUUGACUUCCUCGGACAUGUCAUCAAGGAAGGGCAGAUCAAGAUGGACCAGCAGAAGAUUCAGGCAAUCACAGAUUGGCCGCCGCCUAAGGAUAUCCAUGCCUUGAGGGUGUUCCUUGGUCUAUGCAAUUUCUAUCGGCGAUUUAUGAAAAACUACUCCCUCAUUGCAGUACCAUUGACAGAACUCCUCAAGAAGGUCACGCCUUGGGAAUGGGGACCCAAGCUAGCAAAGGUCUUUAUGUCUAGUAGCCCCAUCUUGGCCCUUCCUGAUCUGGCCAAGCCAUUCGAAGUACAAACAGAUGCAUCUGACUAUGCCCUCGGUGGAGUCUUGCUACAAGAAGGCAUCCUGUAG